UGAUGCCCCUGUAGCUUUCCCCAAGUGGUAGAGAUUCAAUAUUGGAAAAGGAAAAGUGUAACCCUGGACAAAGGCCCUAUCUUGAGGCGGUGAGCAGAACUUGGCUUCAGACAGAAGUUUAUGAAGCCUGUAGGCUGCUUGGAUCUCCUUCACCAAUUCUUAGCUCAUCAAAGUACGUAAUAGUCUAGUUUGCUCUGUUGGACAUGUGGAUCCUGCUAAUGGGGUUUCUGCCCCUGUCUUGGAAAAAUAUCUAGUUGUGAGAUAUAAAGCUCAGGGGUAGACCCAGCCAUGGAGGGUCUUGAGCAACUUGACAUGGUGGGCGAUAUCAGCCCGGCCUUGGAGGCUACUGAGGAUUUUAUCCAGUGCAUGGAUGCACAAGGCCAAGGUCCAAGCCAGGUUCAAACAGGGAACAUCCAGCCUCCCAGGCAGCCCAAGCAGCUGCAGGAGGCGUCCACUGUGGCGCUGGGGAAGCUCAGCUCCAGCGGCGUGUGGGGCCUACUGGCCGGAGAGCAGCCAGAGGUGGGCCCCCUAGGCCUGGCGUGGGCUGACAACUUCAGUGUGUUAGGGCUUGGAAUGGGCUUGAGGCACGGCAAGAGAAGCCGAGCACGCUCCACCAACGACCUGGCAGCCCACUCCAAGGAGUGUACCAACCACACCGCCAACGCCUCGUCCAAAUCAGCCUUCAAGAAGGGACACAAUCGCUCCAGAUCUGACGUCAACUACCGGCCGUCUGUCUACACGGACAAUGGCCUGCCCACCGUGGACUGUAGCACAUUGAAGAACAUGAUCCUCAACCGCCAGCAAGAAGCUGAUAAAAGCAGCAGUAGCAGUGUUGUGAAGCAGGGUGAGAUGGAGCAGCGUGAGGGGCCCCGGGGCCGCUGGACACCCUGUCAUGUCGAGCUGACACCCUGCGAGCUCCGGUUGUACAUUCUGGACAGCAGCGCCAACCGCCAGCUGGGCACUGCCUACUCUCUGUCACACUGCCAGAGCGUCAUCUCACCAGCACCCUGCAGUCAGCCUGGCCAAAUCAGCCAGUCUGCCGAUCAACGCACGCUGCAAGCUGUGUUCUUCAACAGCACUCGUCUCCAGCUGAAGGCGGCUAGCCAAUGGGAGGCCAUGGAGUGGAGAAGGCUGAUGUGGGAGAAGGUGCAGGCUGCCAGACCUGCGAGGCAGGAGAACCGGCAGUGCAAGACCGCAGUGGAAAAUCAACAGGUCGUCAAGUUUUCCACACCGAUGUCACCAUCCUCAUCCCCCUCUCCGUCAGGGCUUGACACCAGGCCUGAUGGUGAGAGCGACACCCCCUCCUCAGCAGAGGCCUCGCUCUCUCUUCAAUCUAAUUCUGGCAUCGUGAGCAGACCCACCACCCUUCCUCUGUUUACCAAACCCUGCCAGGAGGUCCUCAAAGCUGGUCUUCUCCACCAGCUGAUGGACCAGAACAACUGGCGGACCUUCACCUUCGUCCUGACCAGAUCUGCUUUCCAAGCCUUCCCCACUGAGGGCCGAGGGUCUGUGUCCCAGCCCGUCCUCCAGCACUCGCUGGCAUCUUGCUUGGCUGUGCAGCAUGAUCAGGACCCAGAGAACGGGCAGCCGUGGACAGAUAGAAGGGAACAUUUCCAGGUAGUUUUCCCCAAAGACGUGCUCCGACUUUGGGCUGAUGAUCAACUUAAGGCCCAGGAAUGGGUGGAGAUGCUGCGAGAGGCAGUGGCGGCACAGAGGCCUGCUCCAGAAGAAGGUCUAGAAUCGGGGGAAGGAGCUCCAGUGCUCCAGGGAGUGUUGUUAAGAUCCAAACCGUCUCGUGAGAGGAGGCAGCGGGAGGCCCAGAGAGCCAAGAGGCAGUCGGUCACCACCAGUUUCCUCAGUAUCCUCACCUGUCUGGCUGUGGAGAAGGGACUCACUGCUCAGAGCUUCAGAUGUGCAGGUUGUCAGCGUCCAGUCGGCCUGUCCAGAGGAAAGGCAAAGGUCUGCUGCUACAGCGGCUGGUACUACUGCCAGAGCUGCCAUCAGGACAACUCCUUCCUCAUCCCAGCUCGCCUGCUGCGCAACUGGGACACCAGCAAGCACAAGGUUUCUAAGCAGGCCAAAGAAUUCCUGGAGUUUGUGUAUGAGGAGCCUCUGCUUGACGUCCAGCAGCUCAACCCUUGUCUGUAUGAGCACUGUGAGCCUCUCAGCACUGUGCUACGUCUCCGGCAGCGGCUACAGUCGCUGCGGGCCUACCUGUUCAGCUGCCGGGCAACCGUUGCCGAGGACCUCCGACGACGGAUCUUUCCCAGAGAAUAUCUGCUACAGCACAUUCACCUGUACUCCAUGGCUGACCUGCAGCAGGUGAUUGAUGGAAAACUGGCUCCCUUCCUGUCUAAGGUGAUCAAGUUUGCCAGCUCCCACGUUUUCAGCUGCAGUUUGUGUCGAGAGAAAGGCUUCAUCUGCGAGCUCUGCCAAAACGGACAGGUCAUCUACCCCUUCCAGGAGAGCGCCACCAAGAGGUGCGACGGCUGCGGUGCCGUUUUCCACACCGAGUGUCGACAGAAAGCUCAGCCGUGUCCCCGCUGCGUUCGGCGAGAGCUGCACCACAAGAGGCCGUCCUCCUUUUGGUCGCCUGAUGACGACAGCCCCGGGUGUUUUCACGUGCCUUACCAAGACACCUGAGACACACACACACACAAUAGCGGUAUCAAUGGGCGCUGCUGGGCCAUGACACCGGGGAAAAGUCUCUGUGUUUGUGUGUUUCCAGGACAGUUUUGGUCAGAGGAUGAGCUCUGAGAAUCUGCUUCAUCGUCAGGUUUGUGUUCAUGUGUGUUUAUCUGUCAACACACACACCUGAGAGGAGCCCGCCUCGCUCCUCUGUAAAGAGCAGGGACAUAACCAACUGAAGAUCUGCUGCACCAGGCUUCACACACUGAGCUACUGGUGUUUUGUCGUUGAAAAUCGUCACAAAUGUCAACGUCCUCCUCCACCAUUGUGGUCCCUUCACCUCACCCACUUAUUCAAAAUGUGUAAAAUCACAGCAGGUAAACAGGAGAACCUCAAACUGAGUGUUGAAACAUUCUGGUGGUUUAUUCUAAACAGCAUCUUCCACUUGCUCAUAAAGUCACACUUAAGUUUUAGAAUCUGGUGAAACAUGUUCUGGUUCCAGCUUCAGGUGUAGAAGCUUUGCUCCCUUUUCUUUUGGGCUGUUGAUCAGAGAAAAGAAAAGAAAUAUAAAUGUCUCUCUCCUUGACCUCUGGGAGGAAGUGAUUUUCUUUGUUUACAGACUCAAUUAUUACUUGAAGAAAAAAACGGAUGAAUCUGUAAAGGAAAAAUAAUCAUUAGUUGCAGUCCUGCUCAAAUUUAAGUGAUGGUCCAACUUUUUCAAAACUGUAGCUUUAAAAAGUGGCUGUAAAAUAUUUGCAGGGCAACAGCAGCAGUUGUGGACUCAGAUUCUUGUCACUAAUGACAAUGGAAUGAAAAAUUAAAGGGAAUGUUCACAUUUGUUCAAGUCUUGUCAUUUACAAUUUACAACUGAUUUGCAUUUAAGUGAUGAUUGAGAAAAUUCACCAGCCUUUUUAUUCAAAAACACUUCCCACAUUCUUCAGCAGUGUCAGUCAAGUCAAGUGGGUUCAUAUUCCCACAUUUUUGUGUGUGUAUAAUUCCUGUUUUGUGCUGCAUCUCAGCGAGGAAACACAGUAAAGAAAAGGGGGAAAAAAGGGAUUUAAGUAAAAAAACAACACCCUUUUAGUUUUAUUCAGCCUGUUUUAAUACACAUUUUUAACUUGUGAAUAUAGAAACUAAAUGAGUAGAUCCUAGAAAACAGCUUGAUUAGCCACCUCUUAAUAUUCAAAAAACUGUAGAGCACAGACAGGUGCAUUCAUUUGCGUUAUCUAAUGUAGAGUUGCACAAAAUUCAGGUAAAAUCUGUGAUAUUUCUUACAUUGAAAUUAAUAUUUUUCAGUUGUGAACCGUUAUGAGACAAGGAAGCAAUUAGAAAAAUGUGGUUUCAACUGUUUUCUUAACCAUUAGAGACCAAGGGAUUUGUCUUCUUAUUAAGGAAACUGUUUGAUAGUCACAAUAACUGCUACAGCUAUGAUCAUUAUGCCAGAAUCAUGACAUCGUCCCCUUUUCUAUAACUAAAUCCUGUCAGACUAUGUGUUGCAGAAUCACUCUCAAAUACUUUACUCAGAUUGUAUUUAUCCGCUCAUUCAACUCUAGUCCAAAAGAAGCCAUGGGUUUGUCUUAUUUUGGAGGAGAUUUGAGUUUGGGGAAAAAUAUCAAUCAAAUGUGAGAAAGUUCAUUAUGCUGCAAAGAUGGUGGUCAAACUUUUUAAACUUGAAAUCUGUUGUAAUGAACUAAAUGCAAAAUGACGGCUGCUGCUGUUGGUAAAAAAGGAAAAAUAUGAGCACUCUCAUAAUAAUAAUAACUUUAUUUGUAUAGCACUUUUCAAUACAAUUGAUACAAUAUGAAAUUAACAAACAGAGUUAAGAUAAUACAAGUUAUAGACCUCAUGCAUUCAUGUUCAAAUCUCUGAGGAGAUUCUUUGAUCAGAUCAGGGAUCAUUCAGGAUUCAAGCAGAACCUUUGUUUUUGAUGUUUUAACUAAUACGUUUGAAUCGCUGUGAUUGACGUAUUGAAAUCGUUCUCGCUUCCUCUUUCAUAACAUCUCAUCCUCUUCUCCCCAGACUUAAUAUCAGAUACAGUUAUUUAACCUGUAGAUGUGCAAUGAAGGACGUUUGUUAACUCACUCAUUUUUCCCAGUUUCUUUAUGUAAAUGUUCAAUGUAAAGCAAUUUUUAAUUUUAAGAAGACUCUCCUCCUCCUCUCUUCCUCUGUGCUUCUUCCUCCUGUUGUGCUUUAUUCAUGCAGAAUCUAUCCAACCUGAUAGCAGCUUUAGCUUUUAGUAUUUCUAUGCAACCUAGAUGGCCUUUCUGACUCACUGCUUUCAUAUGUGUGAAGGUCUGGAAACACUUGUUCACGUUUUCUUGAUUUCUUGAAAAAGCUGCAUUUCCGUCCAAUUUUAAGACAUAACAUACUGAAGUUUUAAAGAUCUUAGGUGUUUUGAUAAGAUUCCUUAAAGACACAAAAAGUAAACUACAAAAAUGUACUUUAUUAAGUAUUACAGUCGAUUGUUUUUGAUAAUCAUCAUGUUCAAAAUCACACUUCUGUUCCCAGCAAAAGUUAGAUUUUUGCAUCAACCAAAACUUUUCAACAAAAGGAGAUAAAAAUUCCAAUCAAAAAUUCUUUAGCCUUCGGUCUUAAUAUGAAAGCUACAAACUUUUUGUACUACAGCUUCAUUGCACUGCGUGAUUUCCUAAUGUUUUGUCCGAAGUCAUUAAUCUGCUCACAGCUAAACAUCGACCAGAAACUUUAUCUUAAAUUGCGGGCUUUGUAAAAUAUCCAUGAUUUUUAGCUUUGGAGUUUGAAGAUAUUCUGGAUGGAAAUGUAGCUGCUUCUUCUUCCUGCAAUGUGUUUUCUUUCAUUUCAAUGUUCAUUAUUUCUCUUUCACUUCACUCUGAGGCUGAUUCUUUUUUUCUCGUCUUUUUGAGCAAUAAAAAUGUUCACUUUCUAAUGUGAAUAAGCUGUUGUAAAAGUAAAUCAGCACCGCACUGAGUUACAGGUUUAUGAGGACACGUGUAUUUCACUGAUCAGACCCAAACAGUUAUUCAUGUUAAUGAAGCAUGUAGGAAACUUUAGAUUGAAACUAAAUAACCCUGUAGUUUAACAUUUGGCAGGAAACGUGCACUGAUGAAUUUAAUGUGAUUUGUUUUUACCUUGGUUUGAAACCUGCAGCCACGUCAGGUGAAGUGUUAAGUUAUUGCUGCCUGCUGCAUAAAAAAGUAUUUUUUAUAUGUUUUUUUUAUUUAUUUGUAUUUGUUGCUGUAUUUGAUUUGUGUAAUAUGGAGUCCAACAGGUUUCGAUGUAUUUUAAUCUCAUUUCUUAUUUGUGAGCACAGAUUAGAGUUCUGCUCAGACCUGCUUCUGCCAAAUUUGAAACCCAAACUGUAAAGUUUUGUGUCAUUCAGUAUAAACUCAAUCUGAAGCAGGCGAGUCUGGAAAAAAAACAACCUCAAGUCUGAAGCUUUCCAAAACAAAGCAGCCACAUCAGUGUCUCUGAUUCCGUUUGCAGGACUAAAUAUGUCUUAAAAACAAAACAGAUUUCAACAAAACAGUUUUCCUGUAAAAUAGGUUUAAGGAAAGAUAAGCAGCUUUAAACUUUCAUAGAAUUUCUCUUUAUACUCAGAUUUUCCCUCCAAAUUAGUUUACAUGUUUACAUGAUGUGGAAACACUUUGAUUCAAACUUAUGUUGAACUUAAUUUUCAAGUUUACAUUUUGGACACAAUGACACUUAAUUAAAAUCUCCAGUAUUAUUUGAUAAUUAUAAAUUUACCAAACAGAAGAAAGUUUCUGUCUGAAGAUUUUUAGUCCUACAAGUCCUGGUUACCCCCAAAAAGUUGAUAUGAGGCUUAAGAUACUUGAAGGUUUCACCUCUUAUCAAAAAGGCUUCUUCGGUUCUUACUGACUGAUGAAGAGACUCCGGUAUUUGGGACAAAUACUUCAGUAUUGUUGUUGUACUCUGACAAGGGCAGGAAUUUACUAAUUUGUGUGUACAAAUGACCACAAACAGACAUAACUGUGUAGUGCACCUUUCUGUAGCGACUGCAGUUCACUUCACUUUUAAAACUUAAAGGGAUUAAAUUGAUUCAUCUUAUUUGUUGAAUGCAGUAUGUGUCUGUCAAUCCAGACGACUUGAACGUGCCAGUUUGUGUUAAGUUAAAGUUUUUUGUAAGUCUCUUAUUUCUUUCAUUCCCCUCUGUUUUGUAAAUGUGAAGAAAGUUACAAUCCAUAGAGUUUGUUUUGUAUGAUAUGUUGCAGCUGUUUUCAUUUUUCCAUGUUCAUUUCAUCAUGAGAAUAGGACAGAAGUGUUCUUUAUGUUGCAGGCACAUUAUGAUCAUCGCAGUAUUUUUUACUUGAUGCUUGGAGAAGAAUAUAUUGUACAGUAUUUAAGCAGAGUAACUGGACUGAACCUCUUCUCUACUUUGCACAAUUUAAGUUAUUGUUCUUGUUUUUUGUAUCAUUGUUUCUUUUCAUUGCAGAAAAACUCUUAUGCAAGAACAGGGAGUCGAUUAUUUAAUUUAAUCUUCCUCUUGUCUGGUUUUGCUCAAAUUUGUUUGCUAUAGCCACUGAUGCCAAUAAAGACAAAGUUCGUAA